UGUACAAUAGGGGGCCAAAUCGAGGAGUCUCACGCUUAGGUGUGAGCAGAUUAUUCAAAUAGGGGCCAAGCGAAGAAGUAGGGAUUGGAGGCUCGCCCAGGACACAGAGCUAUAUCAUAGCGUUUACAGCCAGCAGCCAACGUCAUUUGAACUCCAGUCAUCAUCAGACGCCCCUCAACGCCCGUGGGCACGGCACGACUGGCUCAAAGACAUACAUGCGCCAGUCCUUCACAAGAGAGCACGCCGACGACCCAAGUUGUGGUUCGAAAUAACCGUCACUGUUUCAAGAAGGACGCAUUGCCCUUUCUUCUUUGAAGAAACGAUUCCAGAACUGGGUGAAACUUCCAUGAUGCUCGGAGCAGUCAAAAUGGAAGGACACGAACAUUCAGACUGGAGCACUUACUACGCCGAACCCGAGUGUUACGCAUCAGUUGGCAACAUGAACCCAGGACUUGGGAUGAAUUCAAUGAACACUUAUAUGAGUAUGUCCGGAAUGGGUACGACAGCCAACAUGACAGCCAACUCAAUGAACAUGUCUUAUGUCAACACAGGGAUGAGUCCCUCAAUGACGGGAAUGUCACCCGGCCCUGCUGCAAUGGGUGGCAUGGGCGCCGGCAUGGCUGGCAUGAGUGCAGCUCUGAGCCCGAGUAUGAGCCCGAUGGCCGGGCAACCACCGUCCAUGAAUGCCUUAACCUCGUACAGCAACAUGAAUGCUAUGAGCCCAAUGUAUGGACAAUCCAACAUCAACAGAUCAAGGGACCCGAAGACAUACCGAAGGAGCUACACGCACGCCAAGCCACCUUACUCGUAUAUUUCUCUCAUUACAAUGGCCAUUCAGCAAUCCACUAGCAAAAUGCUAACGCUCGCUGAGAUCUAUCAGUGGAUAAUGGACCUUUUCCCAUUUUACCGUCAGAACCAGCAGCGCUGGCAGAAUUCUAUACGCCAUUCGCUUUCCUUUAAUGACUGUUUCGUGAAAGUUCCCAGAUCCCCGGAUAAACCCGGCAAAGGUUCAUUUUGGACACUGCAUCCAGACUCUGGAAACAUGUUCGAGAACGGCUGCUACCUGAGGAGACAAAAGCGGUUUAAGAUCGACAUGAAACUUGGCAAAGAGUCCGGGCGAAAGACUUCAGAGGGUGGAUCUAGUAGUUCAGAGAGCUGCAAUGGGAACGAAUCUCCCCACUCCAAUGCAUCCCCCAAUGAGCACAAAAGGUCGCUGUCAGACAUGAAGUCAAGUCAGGGCUUGAGUCCAGAGCACGCAGCCUCGCCGACCUCGCAGGCUCAACACCUUCUGGUGCAGCACCACUCGGUGCUGGCGCACGAGGCGCACCUGAAGCCGGAGCAUCACUACUCUUUCAACCACCCGUUCUCUAUUAACAAUUUAAUGUCAUCAGAACAGCAGCAUCAUAAAAUGGAUCUUAAGACUUACGAGCAGGUGAUGCACUAUUCUGGCUACGGGUCUCCCAUGGCAGGAGCCCUGUCUAUGGGCUCAAUGGCGGGGAAAGCUGGUUUAGACUCUUCAACCUUAGCCCCAGACACAUCAUAUUAUCAAGGUGUGUACUCCAGGCCCAUAAUGAACUCCUCUUAAAAUGAAAGAACGAUGAUUCUCUGACGGACCUUUUCCACAUUUGUACAUUUGUAAAAUUUGAAGCAUAUGUAUCUCAAAUAUUUUCGACGUUUCCCACUGAUUUAGUUGUGAAGUCUGAUUAGUAAUUAUUUUGUAAUGGGUGUUUUGAAAGAAAGGCAUUGGACUUCGACUCUCAAUGCGGAUCAAACAGCCCGACAUGCUGAACCUCUUCAAUCUUUGUGUAAAUCCUUAUUUAUGGCUUGUAAAUGUGUAUUCUUGUAGUUGACCGCAAGAACAGAAAGUAUAUUAAAGUGUUAUUUGGAUUUUU